UUUUACCGUAGACUGGCCAAACUAUGAAAACAAUACUUGUGACUCUGUGUCGGCUUGAUUGUGAUUUAUUUUAAAAGCAAUAAUAAAUCGUCUUUUUUAUUUUAACUAAAGCUUAUUAGAUUUUAAAUGCUACGAUGCCUUACGCCAAUCAACCAACGGUACACAUUUCGGAGCUUACGGAGGAAAAUAUAAAAUUUCAAGUCGAGGACACUGAACUCAGUGUUGCAAAUAGUAUGAGGCGAGUCUUUAUUGCCGAAACACCAACGAUGGCAAUUGAUUGGGUGCAAAUAGAAGCUAAUUCAACGGUACUUAGUGACGAAUUCCUAGCUCAUAGAAUUGGGAUGAUUCCAUUGAUAAGUGACGAAGUCGUUGAUAGGAUUCAGUAUACGAGAGACUGUCAAUGUAUGGAUUUUUGUCCAGAAUGUUGCGUAGAAUUUACUUUGGACGUAAAGUGUGCCGAUGAAAAAACGAGGCACGUAACAACAGCUGAUUUAAAGUCGAGCGAGCACAGAGUAGUUCCCGUGACGUCGAGACAUCGCGAAGACGAUGCAAGCGAAUAUGGAGAAACCGAUGAAAUAUUAAUUGUUAAGUUACGCAAGGGUCAAGAAUUGAAACUUAGAGCUUACGCGAAAAAAGGUUUUGGCAAAGAACACGCAAAAUGGAAUCCCACUGCUGGCGUUAGUUUUGAAUACGAUCCGGACAAUUCCAUGCGACAUACGCUGUUUCCAAAACCUGACGAGUGGCCAAAGUCGGAAUAUUCUGAAUUGGAGGAGGACCAAUACGAAGCUCCUUUUAACUGGGAAGCGAAGCCAAAUAAAUAUUUCUUCAAUGUGGAGAGCAGCGGAGCCUUAAAACCCGAAAACAUUGUCAUGAUGGGAAUAGCUGCAUUAAAAAAUAAAUUAUCAAAUUUACAAACACAAUUGAGUCACGAAGUGCAAAGCGAUGCACUCAGUAUUCAUCAUUAACUAUAGAAUUUUCCUUUUUAAUGCCUUUUAAUAAUGUAUAAAUAACAUUUCACCAAUU